AUGACUGUCCUACUCGCCAUUCCUGAAUGCAGGGUACAUGUCAACGGUCCUUAUUUUCUCAUAUUCCAUUUCUUAGGUCCCUCGUUUAAAGCGAGCAGUUUGAAAGCAGAUAAAAAGUUAGAAUUUGUUCCCACAAACUUGCACAUACAGAGGAUGAGAGUUCAAGACGAUGGGGGGUCAGAUCAGAACUACGACAUUGUCACCAUCGGGGCACCAGCUGCGCACUGCCAAGGUUUUAAGUCAGGAGGUCUCCGCAAAAAGCUGCACAAAUUUGAAGAGACCAAGAAGCACAGUUUUGAGGAGUGUUGUACACCAUCCAGCUGCCAGUCCAUAAUCUACAUACCACAGGACAUCAUCAGAGCCAAGGAGAUCAUUGCCCAGAUCAAUACCCUGAAAACCCAAGUGAGUUACUAUGCAGAGCGGCUCUCGAGGGCGGCCAAGGACAGGUCUGCCACUGGCCUUGAAAGAACCCUCGCCAUCCUGGCAGACAAGACCCGGCAGCUGGUCACCGUGUGCGACUGCAAGCUGCUGGCCAACUCCAUCCACGGGCUGAACGCGGCGCGGCCCGACUACAUUGCCUCCAAGGCCUCCCCCACAUCGAGUGAGGAGGAGCAGGUGAUGCUUAGGAACGACCAGGACACCCUCAUGGCCAGGUGGACGGGGAGGAACAGCCGGUCUUCUCUGCAGGUGGACUGGCACGAGGAGGAGUGGGAAAAAGUGUGGCUGAACGUCGACAAGAGCCUGGAGUGCAUCAUUCAGCGGGUGGACAAGCUGCUGCAGAAGGAGCGCCUGCAUGGCGAAGGCUGUGAGGAUGUCUUCCCGUGCGCGGGCAGCUGUACCAGCAAGAAAGAUUGCAGCCCCCCUCCUGACGAGUCCAGCCCAGGUACGUGGUUUCCAUUCAAGGCUUCUGCAGAUGUCUUUUUUUAAUCCUCAGGUAGUGUUUGUAGCUGAAUUAUCCGAGACUGCCUAUGCUUCCAGAGUUAGGAAAAUAUUUUAGGAGUGUGUUCAUUUGAGGCAGCUAGCAACUUCUCUUAGGUCUGGUGAGGAACCAGUUGGGUUGGGGAUGCUGGCCUGAAGCAGGCUACCCCAUGUGCUUUUCUCGCUUGCCCAUCAUACAACCUUUUCAGACAAUUUGUGUCCGCGGGUGCGUUGGACUUCCUGAAUCAGCACAGGGCAUAUUUGUAAAUGAUACUUCCUGUGAUUCCACCUGAACUUGUGAACAUUACAUGGAAGGGGUGUAGCCACCCAAAUGUUGCAGCAUUCACAAUGACACAGCGUCCUCUCUUCUGAGUCUGGAUGCAGCUCAGAGUUCUUAGGCAUUGCUAAGAGGCUCAGUUGGAGAUAGUGCAAAAAUGGAAUCUUUCUGCUGCCUUUGCAUGUAGGAGUCAGUGUUUAUGGCUCUAGUUCAGGGGUCGGCAGACUGCAGCUCUGAGCCGAGUCCUGUCCACCGCCUGCUCUUGUAAAUAAUGUUUUAUUGGAAAUCACAUCCACUCAUUCACAUGCUGUCUGGCUGCUUUUGUGGGGCAAUACCAGAGUCAAGUAGCUGUGACAAGGACCCCAUCAUCCUCAAAAGAGCCUAAAAUAUUUACUGUCUGGCCUUUUACAGAAAAAGGGUGCCGACCCCUGCUCUAGUUCAUGUUGAAUUUCCUGGUUGUGUUGUGGGUUCCCCAGAGUGAGCAUGAGACCCCCCCAAAUAAUAUGCUUUUGCUUACCCCCCCCAAAACCAGCUACCCGAUCAGUCUGAUGAUUGCAUAUUUCUGACUGAAUAUAAAUGUGAGGUAGCAGGACACCUGUUUUAUAUCUAGAGUGCAGUAAACUAGUGAUUUGGGGAUUUACCAAACUCUCCCUGUCGGUUUUAGCAAACCCUCUCAGCUCGUAUAGCACCAUGAAUUUUAUACCAGCUGUGUCAUUUCUAGAAGCCCUGGUGGCUUGUCCACAGUUAAUGUCAAUGGACUAAAAUGGUCCCCUGCCAAGAGUUCCUUUGGCUUUCCCUGGAGAGCUCUAUUUUAUCUCAGUCAAAACACAAACACAUUUUUUCUCUCACUCUUUCUCAGUUUUUCUCCUUUCUUCUCUCCC